AUGCUGAAAUACUUCACGAAGGAGCACUACUCCUACUUAUCGAGCAGCAAGCGGAUGUCCUACCGGGUCGAGAAGGACAUUAAGACGAGAACGACGUUCGUCAACAGGGAGGACCUGAAGCAUGUGUUCGUUCUGAACUCUCAAGACACAACGGCCGGACUGUGCCUUCUGAACGUGUCCCUGUUCCUCCUAGGCGGAUUAUCCAAAGAAAAAAAUAAGGGAGACCUAGCAACGAAUCUACAAGGAGGUCUUUUCAUUAUAAGUUUAAUUAUCUUUUCGAUACAAAAAAUGUUGGAACGAAGUAUCUUAUCAGAUGUGACCUUCGCUCUCCUACUGUACAUCUCGUGUGUGUUGCCAUUUCUCCUUCUAGAACUUAAUGGCUGUUUUAACAACAUGGUCUUUUUCCCUAUAUGUGUUAUGUUCUACUUCACUAGAUACCACCUGAGAACUUUAUUCAUCCUAGACUCCUUUCUCAUUCUUACCAUCCUAGUAAUAAACGUAUCCAUAAACUCCAGCACCAUCGAUAUUUACAUUUUCCUCUUCCUCUUGACUGCCCUUUUCUUUAGUAUGAUCUUUUACCGCUAUUUGUACUACUUCUCUAGAGCCCUCUCCAACUCUGUAGCUAACCCAAGAAACAUGAUUUUAAUGUUCCCCUACAUAAAUGAAUACCACCAAGUUUGUUUUGUGAAGCUAGCCGACGUCCUCCUAGACUUAAACAACUACAUGCACACAAAGUGGAACAUCUUCUGUAGUAACAUCCCAAAGGUUGAUAUAAAAAAUGAAAAGGAUUUCCAGAGUGCUCAAAUUGUGGCUAGCAGAUUGGCAAAUAAAUUCUUCACCCUCAGGAACCAAAAGCUAUUUUCCACGUACCCUCCCUAUUACUGUCUAAAGAUUUUUUAUCACAAAAAAUUGUACCUAAUAAUUUCUGCUAUUGAGAGGAAGAGAAAACAGAUUGCAAAACUUCACUCCAGUCAAAGUAGGAUUAAUUUUCUAUUUUUAAUGGAGAUGGUCAAGCUGCACUGGGGGACUACGCCUAUACAGGGGGACCCCUGCCACUCGGGGGAAGAUCUGCCCCAUCCAGCAAAAGGGCCACCUAAAACGGGCAAAAAGAAAAAAAAAACAAAAGACACCAUCCGUAAGGAAGCGGAAAGGGGUAAAGAACGGAACAAUCGCAGAGAACAAAACCAACGUGUUGAUCGUAUCCCCUUGAAACACGUGGAGGAAGCCAACAUGCCGCAAGUGAAAGAACAAACAAGGGGAGUCAAACCGGAACAAGGAGGAACAUCCAAGGACGAAGAUCCCACCCGACGUUACAACAAAAAUGGGGACAUACACAAGAAAGGACAAACAAUGAAGCGAGAAAAAAGUGCACGGAGGGGGAACGAAAAAAAUGACCCCCUACUAAAACACGCUCCACAAUAUCAACUCAAAGGGACCCAAAAGAAGGAAAACAAAAAACGAAACAGUGUAAAGAACAAUUCUGUAAAUAACAGUUCGACCCUGUUUAUGAAAGUUCCAGAGAAAAGUAGGGGCCAUUCUGGGGAAACUUCCCAUACUAAGAUAGACAGGUUACAAAUAGAAACCCCAAUUGGCAAUCUGCCCAACAUCAGCGAAAAUACUAACAGAACAAAAAGGGGUUACAAAGUUAGCCAAAAAAAUGAUGCCCCUGGUGAAGCAUUUUUUGAGUCCAAAUGUGAUACACGCGGGGAAGGCAAACCUCAGCAACCUAGAGCACUAUCCCCCCACCACAAUACUAACACCUUCAAAAAAAAAAAGAAGAACACUUCAGGUAGAAGAAGCACACACACCGAUUCGAAACAAUAUAAUAAUAACCACGAAAUAUACGUGCAGGAGAAAAGGGUGAAAAACAAAUUCGCACACCAGAACGAACACGGCUUUGAAUUCUUCUUCACCAAAAGGAAGAGAAAAAUGGGGCACCAAAUAUGCGACAGUGACAGCGCGUACGGUGUAAACCCAAAGCUGGACGACAACGAGGAGGAGGAUAAUCCUAAUGGAUCCCCCCCUCCUGGAAACACAAACGAUGUGGAUGCACAAAUCUGGAUAAAUUUAAAUUCUUACGUGAACGAUAAAAUGAAAGUUACUCCGAAUGCACAAAGUAACUACAUGAACAUGUACAUGUACAUGCGUAGGCAAGACAACGUUGGUAAAGAACAAACAAGUGUGCAUUCCUCCAACGAAGACACGCAAAAAAAAGAGAAAAAGUCGGAAGGAAAAAUUACCUCAUCAUACACAUAUCAUCAUGACUGGAGCUUGCUAUCGGAUGAGAAAAUAAUUUUCGUAAAUUUCUCCUGUCUGUUCUACGUCUUCAUCCACAAAAUUAAGUGGUUCUUAAAAUAUAUAGAAAAAGUGAACUCCGUCGUUCAGGGGGGCUACUUCCGACAGGGAAUUUCCCCAAAGAGGGACCAUCUAUUAGCAUUCCUUGACCAGAAGGUCGAACGGUAUUACCUAAUUUGGUCCAAUUCCUUUGACCUGGUUUACCAUGUGGAGAAUUACAUCCCUCAUAUUUUGCUCAUCCUUACAUUCCACCUUUCCUCCGUUUUUGUACGAGUCGCGCCUCUGCAACUCAGCGGCUCCUACAACGUGUUCCGCAUGGCUAGCUUCUCGACCAUUUUCACUGCCAGAUUUCUGCUGACCCCUAUCCUUUUCGCCCUCAUCAUUUGGCCGAUAAUUAAAACCAGAUCAGUGAACCCGAGGAAUAUUUUCAAAAUUAAAAUGCGCUUUUUCCUCCUGUCCCUUUUUAUCCUGACCUUGUCCACCUUGGACUACCUGUGGACGAUACUUCUCGUGCAGAAGAAUUUCUGGAGGCUGGAUGACGCUGUCCUGACGGAGCUUCAACGAACGUACAGCUGCAGUAUGUUCUCCCUAGCGGAGCUGAUUUUCUUCGCGCCAGUCUUCUACUUCCUCAUCAUGCAUAGAUUAAAGUCCCUCUGGUACCUGUACAUUAUAUGGUUGUUUUUAAUAAAUGUUAUAUAUUGGAGUUUGAUUGGCGCCUUCCUCCCAGGCCUAAAAAUGAACAUCUCCCUGGCGACUUCCGUUGCGAUGUGUGUCCUCUUUAUUAUCAGGCCCUUCGAGAUGGUCAAGAGGGACAUAUUUUGCAGGUGCGUCCUGCCCUACAUUUUAUUCCUGGACGACGUGUUACGCACACUCGACUGCGAGGAAAGACUCAAAUAUCUGCGCUUUCCAAGGAUUGAGCACUGA